CACUACACUCAUCAUGCCAACCAACAGGUGGCAAGUGGCAGAUGAUCGGGCAAAGUGUUACCGUCAAAACUGAAAUGAAGCCUUCUAAAAAACAAAAUCAAAGAGUUUCAUUUAUGUGCUUUUAAUUAAUUUUCUUAUCUCUCUCUCUCUCUCUCUCUCUCUCUCUCUCUAUAUAUAUAUAUAUAUAUCAGAUCACGUCGUCGAAGAAGAAGAAAAUCGCAGAUCGGAACGACGAAGCUUCUCUCCGAUGGCCGAGGUUCCUUCUUCCUCUCUCAUUAUCCUCCUCCUCAUCUUCUCCUUCUCUAUCUCCUUUGUCCUGUCCGAGAUCCGCUUCUCGGAGAUCCGAUCCGACGAUCGCACCAUCAUCCCCCUGGACGAGUUCGGCUUCACCCACCGUGGCCGCCUCGAGCUCAAUGUCUCCCAUAUCUCCCUCUCCAUCCCCAGCCCUAGCCCUAACCCUAAUCCAGACCUCUCCAACCUCGGCUUCUUCCUCUGCACCAGAGACGCAUGGCUCCACGUCCUCCAGCAGCUCGAAGACGCUGAGAUCUCGUGCCCUCUUCAGUCCCAUCUCCUCAAGAUCGUCUUCACCUUCCAUUCUCUCCAUGGCGCCGACCGCUUCGACGCCCUCCACCUCCAAUCUGAAGCCGAUCAGUACUCCCUCGUCUUCGCCAACUGCUUGCCAGAGAUCAAGGUCUCCAUGGACGUCCGAUCCGCAAUGUAUAACCUCGACGGUAGAACUGAGACUCGCGAUUACCUCUCCGCCGGUCGGACUGUUCUCCCUAGGAUUUAUUUCCUCUUCUCUCUGAUCUAUUUCGCCCUGGCUGGCGUCUGGAUCCACGUACUGCACAAGAAGCGCCUCACCGUGUUCCAGAUCCAUUUCUUCAUGCUCGCCGUCCUGAUCUUGAAGGCCCUAAAUCUCCUCUGCGAAGCCGAGGACAAAUCAUACAUCAAGCGGACCGGCACCGCGCACGGCUGGGACGUUCUGUUCUACAUCUUCAGCUUCCUGAAAGGAAUCACUCUGUUCACGUUGAUCGUCCUGAUCGGAACCGGUUGGUCCUUCCUGAAGCCCUAUUUGCAGGACAAGGAGAAGAAAGUUCUGAUGAUCGUGAUUCCGCUCCAGGUCGUGGCCAACAUCGCCCAGGUCGUGAUCGACGAGACCGGGCCGUACGGUCAGGAUUGGGUCACCUGGAAGCAGGUGUUCUUACUGGUUGAUGUGAUAUGCUGCUGCGCCGUCCUGUUCCCGAUCGUCUGGUCGAUCAAGAACCUCCGUGAGGCCGCCCGGAGCGACGGCAAGGCGGCAGUGAACUUGAUGAAGCUGACCCUGUUCCGGCAAUACUACAUAGUGGUGAUCUGCUACAUUUACUUCACGAGGGUUGUGAUUUAUGCGUUGGAGACGAUCACGUCGUACAGGUAUCUGUGGACCAGUGUGGUGGCCGGAGAGUUGGCGACGCUGGCUUUCUAUCUGUUUACAGGCUAUAACUUCAAGCCGGAGGCGCAUAAUCCGUACUUCGUCAUUGACGAUGAAGAGGAGGAAGCCGCGGCCGAGGCUCUGAAGCUUGAAGACGAGUUCGAAUUGUAACUGUUACUACUGUUCGAUUCGGAAUUUUGUUUCUUCGAUGGCUCUGCAAUUGGUGAUUGAUCCUGAGGUGAGCCUUUUCAAAGGUUCUUCAAUUCAGUUACUAGUUUCUGUAAGUAGAAGAGAAAGAAAGCUUUUGACUUUUGAUUGGGGAGGGCAGGAUGUUGUCGAUUGAGAGCUAGAAUAAAACAGGGUAGGUAACUAGCCACAUAUGAAUUAAACCCACGAGGAAACAGUUAAAGCCCCAGAGAGGGGUCUAAGUACAUGAAAUAAGGGGGCCCAUAAAUGACGAAAAGGCCCAAAAAAUAAGGGUAAGUUACCCUCGGCAAGGGCUGAGGGUAAGAAAAACUCGACAUUUACACGUCUCCUACCUUUAUAAUUCUAACUUCAAUUUCUUUUUAUCACUAAAAUUGUUAAUACGAUAAAAAUUCUACUGCAUUUUCUCUUUUUCA